AUGGAGGGUUUCAAAGUGGCGGAGACGACACUAGCGAUGUGUUUAGUGGUGGAGAAAGGUUCUGGAACAUAUUUACGGGUUGAUUGUUGGCUUCUUGGGUGGGGGAUUACGGCUCUUCAUAUAAGCAUUGAAAUUAGCUUUAAUUCUGGUAAUUAUGGGUUCCAAGGGUACUUGCCUAGCGGCCUAAAGUUGGAUGUUUGUGCUAGUGUGUUGGGAGGAUUUUUGAAGGUUGUGGUUGGGCCUGCUCCAAUUAGAGAAUGCUGCCCAUUCAUUGCAGGCUUAGCUGAUCUUGAUGCAGCUGCUUGUCUCUGCCUUUCACUCAAUGGCCUCAACGGUGCCUUGGGUCUCCCUCUCAGUACCAUUAACGUUUCCUUGAAGUUGCUGAUCAAUCAGUGUAAUCGUGGUCCGCUUCCCUAUUACUUCCAAUGCUCAAACCAUUGA